AUGGCUCCCGCCGCUGUCAGCCCUAGCCCUGGCCAUAUGCGCUUCAUCCCCUUCACCUACGACCCCGCCGAUUCCCAUGCCUCCGCCCUCAAGCUCAUCCACGCCAUUGCACCGCACUGGGCCAAUGACGAUCAUGUCGAAUUCGUCCGCUUCACAGACGGCAUCACAAACACCCUUCUCAAGGCCGUCAACCGCCGCCCAGGCCUUUCCCCUGCCGAGAUCGAUCGCGAGGCCAUACUCCUUCGCGCCUACGGCAACGGCACCGACAUUCUGAUUGACCGCGAGCGUGAGGCCGCCAACCACGAGCUGCUCAUGAAGUAUAACCUCGCCCCCGCUCUUCUUGCCCGUUUUGCCAACGGCAUGCUUUACCGCUUCAUCCCCGGAAGCGUCGCUCAACCCAAGGAUCUGCCCGAUCGCAUUCUCAGUAAAGCUAUUGCACGUCGUCUGGCGCAAUGGCACGCCACUGUUCCUUGCCUGCCCGACAUUAGGAACCCAGCUACCAGCAUCGAAUUGACUGGCAACUCUAACAAAGCCAAAAUAGCCAACGUCGCGCCGGGCAAGCCUACUCCCAAUUUGUGGUCGACAAUCCAGAAAUGGAUACUUGCUCUGCCCGUCGACACUGACGCCGAGCGCGAGCGCCAGAGCAAGCUGCAAAAAGAGCUGCAGCUUCUCGUCCAGCAACUCAGCCAACGCCCAGGGUUUGGGCAGAAUGGUCUUGUUUUUGCGCACUGCGAUCUGUUGAGCGCCAAUGUCAUCAUGCACAACGACGAUAAUAAGCCUUUAUCCGUAAGCUUCAUUGACUACGAAUACGGCACGCCAUCUCCCGCCGCUUUUGAUAUUGCCAACCACUUCGCCGAAUGGGCCGGUUAUGACUGUGACUACGCCGCAAUUCCUAAACGCAGCCAGCGUCUUGCUUUUGUGCGUGAAUACAUCGAGACCUACGCUCAGCUUUCAGGCGCAGGCGAAGAUUUCAAAAUCGAGCGUGAGACGGUCAAGAUGAUGCGGGAUAUUGACGACUUCCGCGGUGUCCCGGGGUUCUACUGGGGUAUUUGGUCCUCGAUCCAGGCCACUAUAUCCAAGAUCGAUUUCGACUAUGCCUCCUACGCAGAGUUACGUCUAGGUGAAUACUGGGCAUGCAAGUACGAGCAAGACGGCUCGCGCAGAGCUUCAGGCAAGGCUAUGCCUUUACGCGAAAUGGCGUGGGCAAGCGAGUAG